AUGUAUGCUUUUGAAGAACUAUUGCUUCUACCUGAAGAUACCAAUAAGAAGAGAACUGUCCGAUAACAUGGAGCAUGGAGCAUGUCAAAGCUGGGAUGGAUCGUCGGUCCGAUAACAAUGCUGUGUUUUGCUGCAGUCACUCUCACCAGUGCUCUUCUUCUCUCUAAUUGCCACCGAUCCACUGAUUCUGACCUCCACACCCAUGACUCUUACCUUGAUGUUGUCCGCUCCGUCCUAGGAAAUAGAAGCGCCUGGUUUUGCAGCAUCAUUGUUGGGAUCAAUUUCAUCAAGCUUGGAAUUGUGUACACAAUCACUUCUGCUAUUAGCAUCGGGUGUGUAAACAACUGGGAAUGAUUCUUCACCCUUGGACUACUAUAUAUUCUUCCAUUGGAUGAAGAGCUUCUUGAUUGCAGAGCAAUUCAGAAAGCAAACUGCUUUCAUUAUGAAGGCCAUGAGGCUACUUGUGGGCAUUCAAAAACGAAAUAUAUGAUUAUAUUUGGAUCAAUCCAAGCACUAGUGUCUCAAAUUCCAGACUUUCGCAACACGCAAUGGCUCUCCAUUGUUGCUGCAGUCAUGUCUUUCACAUAUUCAUUCAUUGGAUAAGGACUCAGCUUAGCUAAAGU